GGCCACGCCGCUCGCCCGGCGCGGCGCAGGCUCCUCCCUUCGCCCCGCACCGUAACCCGGGCGGCUGCGGCGGCGCAAGGCUUGGCUCGGCUCGGCGCCGCCGGCACCUGCCGCCCUGCCCGCCGCUCCCGCGCACGGCGCCCGGGGCUCCGCGUCCCGGCGGGGCGAGGCCGGCGGAGCAGAGGGAAGAGGAGGAGGAGGAGGAGGCCCAGGCCGCCCCGCCGCUCCUGCCUCCCCCCGCCCCGCGCUUUGUCCGCGGCAGCCGCCGCGGCGCCGCUCACGCGGAUGCCGGACCCGCACACAACCACAAUCAACAUAUCUAUUUUCAAGUUUCCCUUGGGCUAUUAAACCCUGAGACAUCUGGUUGCAAAUAUUGAGCGCUGGAUUGAUACUGCCCUUUUCAGUCAGAUGGAGACUUUGGAGGAAAAGAGCAAUCUCCUUGGUUUGCAGGCAGACAACAGCAUGGAACAACCAUUCACUGUCAGCUCAUUGAAAAAGCUAGUAGCUAUUCCUGACCACACAGACAUCUCUGUGACUCCAGAAGAGAGAGUACGUGCCUUAAGCAAACUUGGCAGCAAUAUCACAAUCAAUGAAGAUAUCACUCCACGCCGUUACUUUAGAUCUGGAGUAGAGAUGGAGCGAAUGGCGUCAGUGUACAUGGAGGAGGGCAACCUGGAGAACGCUUUUGUUUUUUAUAAUAAGUUCAUAACAUUAUUUGUAGAAAAGCUGCCCAGUCACCGAGACUAUCACCAAUGUGCAGUACCAGAAAAACAAGAUAUUAUUAAGAAAUUGAAGGAAGUUGCAUUUCCACGGACAGAUGAAUUGAAAAGAGAUCUUUUAAAAAAAUACAACUUAGAAUACCAGGAAUACAUGCAAAAAAAAAACAAAUGUAACACUGAAAUUCUGAAGAAAUUAGAGCAUCAAAAGCUAAUAGAGGCAGAGAAGAAACGAAUUGCACAUAUGAGGCAACAGCAGCUUGAAUCAGAACAGUUUCAAUUCUUUGAGGAUCAGCUUAAGAAGCAAGAACUAGCUCGAGAUCAGAAAAUCAAAGAGAGUGUGGCUAUGUCUGAACAGAUAGACGGCAGUAUGCUAUCUUGUAUUUCUGUACCAGAGAACAAUUCCCUAUCUACUGCAGUGCUUGAGAAAAAAGAGAGGAGCGGCACAUCUGGCUGUGCUGGACAUUCACCUCCAGUAAACCGGGUCUUAAAGCCAGCUGCAACUCUAAGUGCUGUUCAGACUCAACUGGCUGAAGCGCUCAGAGGUGUCAUUUUGCCCAGGGAUCUCUGUCACAAAUUUCUGCUGCUAGCAGAGGCAAAUACAGUAAGAGGAAUAGAGACAUGUGGAAUUCUCUGUGGAAAACUGACACAUAAUGAAUUUACUAUUACACAUGUAAUAGUGCCAAAGCAAACUGCAGGACCAGACUACUGUGACAUGGAGAACGUGGAAGAAUUAUUUGGUAUUCAGGAUCAGUAUAAUCUCCUCACUUUGGGUUGGAUCCACACACAUCCAACACAAACUGCAUUCUUAUCCAGUGUUGAUCUUCAUACUCAUUGUUCUUAUCAGCUAAUGUUGCCAGAGGCCAUUGCAAUUGUUUGUUCUCCAAAGCAUAAUGACACCGGCAUCUUCAGACUUACUAAUGCUGGCAUGCUAGAAGUAUCUGCUUGUAAAAAGAAGGGAUUCCAUCCACAUACAAAGGACCCUAGGUUAUUUAAUCCAUGUACCCAUGUGGUUGGGAAAGACAUAAAGAUAAUUGUGCUGGAUCUGAGGUGAUACGGAUGGAUGAUAUUGAUGUUGUUCUACAAAAGGCCAAAACAGAAAAAUGGAUUCCUGUUUUUCCUACAUUUUCAGAAAUUACUUUUAUAUUUAUACAUUUUAGAUUGAAUGGUUUGAUAUUUAUUGCUGUAGCCUGUUUUGGAGUUAUUUUGUUGCUCUGUCAAGGUGGUCUUCAGUGGCAUUACCCCUGAAUCUGUAAACAACCCUCACCUAUAAAACACAAUAAAAUGAACUUCAAACAACA